CUAGACUUAGAGGCGGGCGCCAGCCUUACCGUGUGUGACAUUCUCUGUCUCUUUGCCAAGGGGUUUGGAGGAAGACACAAAGUAGUUUCUCCUCCUUUUCACCCAACGCGCCAUCGUUUGGAGACACGAGAUUAAUAAUUGAGCAUUUAUUUAUUGCGCGAUAGAGACAGAGGGGCGAGGGAGAGCGAACGCACAGUGAGGCUGCCAGUUUAAAUCUAUCUGUGGCUUGAACGACGGGAAGCACGCCACAGCCUCUCCGUAGUAGUAUCGGCGAUUUAGGCUACUCCAAAACACUGCACAUCCGUGAGAGCAAACUACUAUCUCUCCCUCAGCGUAAAGAUUGUCCCUUUUUCGGCGCAAAACAUGAAUAAGCUAUACAUUGGCAACGUGAGCGCUGAGGCGAGCGAGGAGGACUUAGAAACUAUCUUUGAGCGUUUGAAGAUCCCGCACAGUGGUCCGUUUCUUGUCAAAACUGGCUAUGCAUUUGUGGAUUGCCCGGACGAGAAAGCAGCAAACCUGGCCAUCGAAAGGAUAUCAGGUAAUGAAGAACUCUUUGGGAAAGUUCUCGAAGUGGCGAUCUCGGUCCCUAAAAGUCAAAGGAGCUGUAAGAUGCAGAUCAGGAACAUCCCGCCUCACAUGCAGUGGGAGGUCUUGGAUGGUAUGCUUGCUCAGUAUGGAACAGUGGAGAGCUGUGAACAAGUAAACACUGACACAGAGACUGCAGUAGUCAACGUUCGAUAUGCAGCGAAGGACCAGGCCCGUCUGGCGAUGGAAAAACUGAAUGGAUCUAUGAUGGAGAACUUUGCCCUGAAAGUGUCGUACAUCCCAGACGAGACGGCUGCAGCAGAGGGGGCUUCAGGCAGGGGCCGCAGAGGCUUUAACGCCCGUGGAACCCCUCGUUCCGGCUCUCCAGGUCAAGGUGCCCGGCCCAAAAUGCAGUCGGACAUUCCGCUGCGCAUGCUGGUGCCCACGCAGUUUGUUGGGGCCAUUAUCGGCAAGGAAGGUGCCACUAUCCGCAACAUCACCAAACAGACCCACUCAAAGAUUGACAUCCACAGGAAAGAAAAUGCAGGUGCUGCAGAGAAGCCCAUCACUAUUCACUCCACUCCUGAAGGCUGUUUGAACGCUUGUAUGACCAUUAUGGAGAUCAUGCAGAAGGAAGCUGUCGACACAAAGUUUACUGAGGCGAUCCCACUGAAGAUACUUGCACACAACAACUUUGUAGGAAGAUUAAUUGGAAAGGAAGGACGCAACCUGAAGAAAAUCGAGCAGGAUACCGGGACCAAGAUCACAAUCUCUGCUCUCCUUGACCUGACCGUGUACAACCUAGAGAGGACCAUCACGAUAAACGGCACCCUCAAGGAGAGCAACAAAGCUCUAGAGGAGUUGAUGACGAAGAUCAUGGAAUCGUAUGAGAGUGACAUGGCCGCUAUGAACCUGCAGUCCAACCUGAUUCCAGGCUUGAAUCUGAACGCUCUGGGUUUGUUCCCCAGCGGAGCGCCAGGCAUGGGCCCCUCCAUGUCCGGGAUGCCGCAUCAUGGAGCCCACGGUGGAUCAGCCUAUGGACAGGGACAACCGGAGUCGGAGACCGUUCACCUGUUCAUCCCUGCACUCGCUGUGGGAGCCAUCAUUGGAAAACAGGGUCAACACAUCAAACAGCUGUCACACUUUGCCGGAGCCUCAAUCAAGAUUGCCCCUGCAGAAGAGAAGGACUCCAUACAGCGGGUUGUCAUCAUCAUCGGAACACCAGAGGCUCAGUUUAAGGCUCAAUGUCGCAUCUUCGGCAAGCUGAAGGAAGAGAAUUUCUUUGGACCCAAAGAAGAGGUGAAGCUGGAGGCUCACAUCAAGGUCCCUUCCUUUGCUGCUGGACGCGUCAUCGGGAAGGGUGGAAAAACGGUGAACGAGCUGCAGAACCUGACCUGUGCAGAGGUGGUGGUGCCCAGGGACCAGACGCCUGAUGAGAACGACCAGGUUAUCGUCAAGAUCAUCGGACACUUCUUUGCUUGCCAGCUGGCCCAGAGAAAGAUCCAGGAGAUCCUGGCCCAGGUGAGGAGGCAGCAGCAGCCUAAGCCCACAUCUGGAGGCCAACCGCCACAGCCCCGCAGGAAGUAGAUCUCCAGCAGACCUGGAGGAACGGUGACUGAAUCUGCCAGAAGACUCGACAGACGGAUUGAUGAAGCAGAGUCCGGGGGGAGAAGAAGAAGACAAGGGGUCGUAACGCUCAUCUCAGGGGUCAAAGAUUAUCAGAACCCAACCAAACAUCCACCCUUCCUUGUCUUGCUUGAUGAACUUUCAGGUGUGGCUAAUAAGAGACGAUCCACCUCCAAAUCUCCACCCACCUCACUUCUCUGCAUCUCUGUGAGAAUGUACUUCUGAGGGCUCCCAACGACGUCACCUGCCCUCACACGUACGCACCCCUCGACCGCUCUCCUCCUCCCCCACGGGUGUGUUCAAAAUAUUAUUAUUUUUGUCCUCUUUUUACACUAGAAACACAAAGAAGAAAUAAGGACCCCCCCCUCCUAUCAGCUACUUGGUGUGGUACUUCAAACCUGACAAGAUUAUUUUGUUGAAUUAGUUUUUUUCUUUUUUUUAAGUGUUUAAUUGGUUUAUGAAGCUUUCUCAUGAGUUUUCUGUGGAAAAGGCAUUGCUAUCAAGGUCCUGGUUGGACCAACAGAAAGGUUUAUUUUGGGGGAGGGUUGGCUCAGAUUGGGUGGGCCAUGUUUAGGGGAAAGAUUCUUGUUUCAGGCCAGGACCCCUGAAAGGGUGGAUUAUAUUGGGUGUCCUGCCCUAGUAAUGAUAGUGGCAUUUUAUAAAUUUGGAUGCAUUUUAUAGAUAGACCUAUAUACAUAGAUGAAUAUAUAUUUAGAGGUGAGGGCAGCGCCACGACUGACACUUAGGGAAAACAGUGCCGAACUGCUGCUGCCCAGGAAAACCAAUUUAAUAUGCAUUUUACUUAACUACCUCAGGAUCUAGUACCUCAGAAGAGAAAAGAAAAUGAUUAUAUAUAUGAAAAAAUGUUCCUUUCUUUUUUAUUUUGCUUUUGUGGUAUUUUGUAUACUUUAUAAAGCUGAUAGUCUUUGAACAUUUUUAUUUUUUUAAGAAAAUUUAAAAUUUGGUCAGCUGCCAACUGACCUUGCCUUCAACUCGGAUGCUUUAGGUGGCUUUGUUCAUGUGUAUGUGUGACUUAAGAUGACCCUGUACAUAAAGUCUAUUUGUACAUAGCAGCCCCGGAGCAAGAGUUGGCGCCCCCUCAGCUGGCGGCUGACAGGAGUAUCGAGAGAAAAUCGCCUCAGUUUUUCCCCUGAGGGUCCACCAUCUUCUGAAAAAAAACUACAAAACAACUGCAACAUGCAAAUAAUGCCAACCGUACAUCAUUGCAGCAAUGCCGUUUAGUUUUGGGAUUGACAUUGUUAUUGGUAAUGGUACUUUAAUUUGUCAACAAAAAAAUCUUUUUUGCCUUCCUAGGAGGGCUGUCGUCAGGGCAGUGUGGACUUUAGGAGUCUGCUCGCUGCCCUACAGUCAGCAGAGAGUCUGUUUUUUCGUCUGUUUUGUUCCCAGACCAUCUGCCACCUUCUCGAUGUCGGUGUCUUAGCAAGGUCCAAGCCGGACUAGGUUUUUUUUUUCAUAGAGCAAGCUUUGUCAGUUCGCAGUGGCCCUUGUAGCCAGGCCGUCAAGUCAAUGUAAACGUUGUUCACUGCAUGGUGAGGGUAGGGGGAGACUCACUGAUAGACGCAUAUUCUUCUUUCUUUUUUUUGCGCUAUAGAAAAUUGAUUUAAACAAAACAUUCUCUGUAUCCCACAAAUGUAACUUGAUGUUGAUUUGUUCAAACAGGGAAAAAGCCAGAAAAGGCAAAAUACUGAAUGACCCCCGACUUUGGGGGGUGGUAAGAAAAGAGGAAAGGAAUCCAAAACUUAAAUAUACAAUUUAUUUCAUUUGUCUCUUCAUGCCGAAUGUAAAUAUGUUGAUUGUGGUAAAAGUGCUCGAGUGUAUCCAUGCUUCCACAGUAGAACGCCGUCUACCUCAGCUGAGGGGGUGGGGGGUUGUUGUGGCACGAGGCACCCCCCCCUACCCCCACUGAGCGCCAGCACGCACCGAUACCUCAGUCCCCCCCCCCCCCUCCGAACACUUCUUUAUAAAUGGGCGCGCCAUCCUAACACCACGCUUAACUGAGGGGCACAAGUGAUACUUAAAAAUAUCCCGACACCUCCCAAAUCCCUGCUUCCUUCCUG